AUGAAUAAAGAAUCGAAAAUGGGGGUGAAUGAAAGCAAGUGGGAUGGGAAUAUACUGCUAAGGUUUGGUGGGACAGGAGAGGGCAUGCUUUGUGGACAAUACUUUCACAAUCCUCCAAUUCCAGCUAGCCAAGGGUUGGUGUGUCUUCAUUCUACUGCACCCUGUGGGAAGAAGAAAAAGUGA